AUGUUAAUCAAGGAAGCACAAUUUCCUGACGUGGGAACCAUCAAGAAGGCUGUGACGAGGAAGCUGCGGAAAAUCAGCGUCCGCUAUGAGGGCAAGAAGGACGCGCGAGUCCCAGGAGCAGACUACAAUGCGACCCACGCAGGCCUCGCAGUCAAUCCAGGGACUCUGCUUCAACAGCGACCGUUAGGGCUGCUGAGACACCGCUCUGUGCGAAAUGCGAGGAAUGCUGCCACUACUGCCAGGUCGAGGGAAGCAGAAACAUUUGACCGCAGGCGCACCCGUCAAUCCAGGGAAGCUGCUGCAGCUGCUAGGUCUAGGGAAUCCGAGACAGAGCUGCAGCAGGGAACUCGCAAUGCCCGCAACGCUGCAGCGACUUCUGUUGGUCCAAGGGCCCAAAGACAAGGGCAAACAGACUUUCAAGGGCUGCUACAAAUAUGGCCGCUAAGCUCUUUUUGGUCUUUCUUGGCUUUCAAUUACGAUCCCGGCAUUAACUUAACUACGCGUGACGACAAAUGGGCCGGGGAGCCUGCCGGUCUGUGCUGCUCCUCCGGCAAAGUUCGAGUGCCACCUCUGCAUGAACCACCUACCCCAUUGAGGGGACUAAUAGCCGGCUCUCAUCCCGACUCCAACCACUUCCUUAAAACAAACUACAACGUACAGGCCGAAACCCGGAUUGGUAUUUCACCGUUGUCAGGAAGAGUUCCUCGCAGGGACGUCAUACUACUACUUCAGGCCAUGCUUCACGAGGUUAUCAGCUACAUUCGCAGUUUCAAAUAUGCUUUGGAAAAUGCUCCCUUUCCUUCCUUCAGCAUUGUAAUUGACGCCGACAAACGGCCUCAUGAUGAGCAUGAACGCCGCUACAAUGCUCCUGCGUGCAACGAAGUGGUCGCAAAUUAUACAUGGGGAGCGAGACCGCACUUGCGAUAUUGUCCUCAAAUCAAGAGGCGACGCUCUUCGCAGGAUUUCAGAGACCCAUUGAUCAUAUGA